UUUUAGUUUUUCCACAACUUUUAUAAAUAAACAUUGUUUUUAAGCAAAAAAUGCCAUCAGUACCUGCAAAUGGCUAGUUUAAACGUUGCAGAAUGGACACCGGAUCAAGUGGCGGAGUGGUUGUCAGGUCUGGGGCCUACGGUGGCGCGGUACGUGCCCACACUCCGGGAGAAGAAACUGGACGGCGCCAAGCUGCUGAUGCUGAGGUGCGAUGACCUGGAGUACCUGGGCAUGCACAUCAUUGGGCACCAGGAGUUGCUGUUAGAGGCAGUGGAACAUUUGCGGAAUUUCCAAUUCGAGGCUACCCGCGAGUGCGUGCAGCAGCUGGCGGUGCGCGUGUCGGUGGUGGCGACCACGCUGGCGACCACGCUGGCCCGCGCGCUGCGCACCGCGCCCGACGCGCGGCUCGACACGCAGACGCUGGCCGACGUCGCCUCCACCGUGCACGCCGUCAAGCCGCUCGUCUGCUGGCUCGACAGAUGGCCGGUGUGCGCGGGCGGCGCGGAGCUGGGCGAGCGCAAGGCGGCGCUGCUGAAGCUGUCGCUGGAGGCCGCCACGUGCGCGCAGCGGGACCGGUUCGCGGAGCAGCCCGCGCGGGCCGUGGCCGCCGCCGCCGCCGCCGCCGCCGCCGCCGCCGACUACAUCAUACAGGACGUGGUGGACCCGAUGGUGCUGCAGCCGGCGUCGCUGGACACGGUGACGCUGCGGCAGGGUGCUCGUCCGCUGGGCUUCCACGUGCUGCCGUCCUUCUGCGGACACCACCAGCUCGCGCACAUCCGCUUCGGCUCGCCCGCGCACGCCUCGGGCGCCGUGCACGACGGCGACGAGAUCGUGCAGGUGGGCGGGCGGUGCGUGAUCGGGUGGAGCGGGGAGGAGGUGGAGCGGGCGUGCGCGCGGGUGGCGGGCGCGGGGGGCGGGGAGCUGCCGCUGCGGCUGCGGCGGCGCGCCGCGCGGCCCCCCCCCGCGGGGCUCGCCACCCCCCACCUGCUGCGGCGGGACGCGCGCCUCAGGCCGCGCUACCUGCCGCACCGACACUUCGACCCGCGCCAGCACAGGUACGGGGCGGAGGGGGGCGGGGGCGGCUCGCCACCCCCACCUGCUGCGGCGGGACGCGCGCCUCACCCGCGGCACGCGCUACCUGCCGCACCGACCCGCAGGUACGGGGCGGAGGGGGCGGGGGCGGGGCUCGCCACCCCCCACCUGCUGCGGCGGGACGCGCGCCUCAGGCCGCGCUACCUGCCGCACCGACACUUCGACCCGCGCCAGCACAGGUACGGGGCGGAGGGGGGCGGGGGGCGGGGCUCGCCACCCCCCACCUGCUGCGGCGGGACGCGCGCCUCAGGCCGCGCUACCUGCCGCACCGACACUUCGACCCGCGCCAGCACAGGUACGGGGCGGAUGUACGAGAUAUCGACGCUGGGCGUGGAGGCGCGCGUGGCGGAAGUGGAAGCGGAGGUGGAGGCGGCGGAGGAGCCCCCGGCGGACGCGGCGGCCUCCUCCUCCGACGAGAGCGAGCCGCUGUCGCCGCCCGCCUCGCCCACGCUGCACCUCUCGCACACCAGGAUGUACCCGCCGAAGCCGUGCGCGGCGCCGCAGCGGCGGCACACGGUGUGCGGCGGCAGCCCCGUGUGGAGGCGGCCGCACGCGCCGCUCGAGAGAGUGUGGCGCCAGCUGCGCGCGCGCCGCCGCGACCCGGGCCCGGACGCGCUCUACCGCCGGGACAAGGUACGUACCGCCGGGACGAGGGACGUACCGCCGGGACGAGGGACGUACCGCUCACAGCCCCGUGUGGAGGCGGCCGCACGCGCCGCUCGAGAGAGUGUGGCGCCAGCUGCGCGCGCGCCGUUGCGAAUGGGCCCGGACGCGUCUACCGCCGGGACAAGGUACGUACCGCCGGGACGAGGGACGUACCGCCGGGACGAGGGACGUACCGCUCACAGCCCCGUGUGGAGGCGGCCGCACGCGCCGCUCGAGAGAGUGUGGCGCCAGCUGCGCGCGCGCCGCCGCGACCCGGGCCCGGACGCGCUCUCCGCCGGGACAAGGUACGUACCGCCCCGACAGGACGUACCGCCGGGACGAGGGACGUACCGCUCACAGCCCCGUGUGGAGGCGGCCGCACGCGCCGCUCGAGAGAGUGUGGCGCCAGCUGCGCGCGCGCCGCCGCGACCCGGGCCCGGACGCGCUCUACCGCCGGGACAAGGUACGUACCGCCGGGACGAGGGACGUACCGCCGGGACGAGGGACGUACCGCCGGGACGAAGGACGUACCGCCGGGACGAGGGACGUACCGCCGGGACUAUUCAUGCCGAAGAUUGUUUACGACUAAUGUUAGGUGCACCGUUGCAGGCGGUGUCGUACAGCACAGGACUGGAGCUGACGCCGCGGCCGCGCACGUGCCUGGGCGUGCUGCCGGCGCGGAGCGCGGCCCGCAGCCCGUCGCCGCCCCCGGGCCCGCAGCCCCCCCCGCCCCCCGCCGCCCCCGCCGCGCCCGCCAGCCCGGCCGCCCGCGGCAAGCUCGACAAGAGCCACUCGACGCCAGCUUACGACUUCGGCGGGCCCGCAACAGAUGAGCCCGGUUCGCUCGUCGCGCAGAUCAUACCCGAGUCACCUACGACGCCCACAGACAGCCCGACGAUACUGGUACACUCCGCGGAGAAGGCGGAUCAAAUCUUGGACUUCAAGAAGUCGAGCUCGCAGAUCGGCGAGGCCAUCCUGCAGCAGCAGAGCCGCCGCGCCGACCCAGCCGCCCGCAUCGAACUCGGGGACGAGUGGAGCGACACGCAGCGCGUGCUGGAAACCAUCAACAUUGCCGCCAUGGAGCACCGCCGCCGCUCGCUGCACGACGCCAAGCUGGCGGCCGGGCAGGCCACCGCCGCGCGGGGGGGCGGCCCGGCCGCGCGGGGGGGGGACGCGCACGGGGGGCUCCGCGGGGACCCGCCGGGCCCGCCCCCCGCACACAGAUACGUGCAGCCUGCGGGCGCCAGCAACCGCGCCCCCCCGCCCCCGCCGCGCCCCGCCGCCACGCUGCGCGCCCCGCCCGCCCCCGCCCCCGCCCUCAUCCCCUCCCUCGUCGCCUCCCCAGUGAUCGUCCCUGUCCCCGCCCCGUCGUCGCCCCCGCCCCCGCCCCCGCCCCCGGCCACGUCCCCGACCACGUGCGCAGCCACCAACUACCCGGUGUUACGCGCCGUGCCGCAGUUACCAGCGCAAGAAUACUCGCCGUUUAAAACCACCAAACACAUUGACGUCAAUCAGAUAUCUGUCCCUUUACGACACCUCACGAAGCACGACAUAAAAGUGAUACCCACUGAGCGGCGCGAGCUGCCCGCUAUCAACGCCGAGCCGGACUCCCCGCCGGUGACUGGCUCCCCGCCGGGGGGCGCGGGGGGCCCUUAACGGGGGGGCAAAUAAAAUUGGGGAUGGGAGCCGGCCGCCGCGCCCGCCGCCGCCGUCAAGAGCCUGUUCCCCACGUCCAAGUCCCGCAGCCUCAAGAAGAAGAGCUCCAUGCUCGCACGGCGGCGCGCGGUGCCGGCCCGGUCGCUGGCGGCGCGGGGCGCGGCGGGGGGCGUGUGGCAGCGCGUGCGCGGCGCGGCGGCCCCGCGGUGGGCGCGGCGCCACCUGCUGCUGGCCCACAACGUGCUGUACGCGUACCGCUCGCCCGACUGCGCGCGCGCCGACUGCAUGAUCUACCUGGAGGGGUUCACGGCGAGCGCGGCGGGGGAGGUGAAGUCCCGGGAGCACGCGUUCAAGGUGUACCACACGGGCACCGCGUUCUACUUCGCGUGCGACUCGCGGGACGCGCUGGUCACGUGGCUGCAGCUCAUACACCGCGCCACGCUGCUGCCGCCAAUCGCACACCCGCAGAUGGAUAUUUCUAAACGUUUUUCGGAAACCGAUUACUCGGACACGGAAUCCGAGAAUGAGAGUCCAGAAAAACGAAACGAGCGCGAAAAGGAUAAGGAGAAAGAGAAGGACAAAUCCAAGUUUGGAUCGCUAAAGAAGCUGACAGUGCGCAUGCAACGCAGCGAAUCCCAGGAGAAUGUAAGCCAUUCGUCCACCAGCCUCGACCGCAAGUACCUGCGAUUCUUCUCUAGGAAUAGAAGCAGAGACGACCCUAAACCUGCUAAGAAUAAGCAGGCGGGUGUACCGGUCCCGACCGAGCACUACCGCAGCUACCGGCGCGCGCCGCCCGCCGACCGACCACUGCACCACCGCGACCACGACCACGACCGCGACCACGACCAUAUAUCCAAGACCGAGUCGGACCUGGACCGCGCCGCCAAGAAGAUACCCAAGCCCAUUAACUACAUACACGCAUCAAACCCCAACUUACUCGAUUUCGAGAAGAGCGAUUUUGUGACUAAACCUACGCUUCAGGUUUGUGUACCGAAGCCAAAGGUGCACAAGCCGGAGAAUCUGAUGGGGUUCGUGACCCUGGAGGAGUUCAUGCUGAAGAAGCAAGAGGAGGAGCGGCGGCAGGUGUACAGCAACCGAGUGCUCAUGGGCGUCGAGCGAGGCCUGCAGCCCGCCCGCACUCCGGAGCCGCAGUCGCAGUCGCAGCCCGUGUCGCGGACGCGCGAGGCCAACCCCAUCUCUGUUAAGGGGAAAGACGGGAACGAGAGGAUCGUGCACGCUGACGAGCGCCGCGCUGACGGAUGGAGGGACUCGCUGCGGAGACACCACCAGGUUCACAGUGAGACCGGUGCUGGCCCGCCAUUGCCUUCGUCGGACAGCUGGUCGCGGACGAGGGGCGGCGGGGGUGGGGGCGGGGGCGGGGGCGGGUCGUGGCGCGGCGCGGCGCACUACCCGCACCUGCAGUGUCCGCCCACCUUCCAGCCGGAGACGUACUCGUUGGCGCGGCUCGCACCCCCCGCACCCCCCGCACGGCCCCCGCCCCGCCGACACGAGCCCUGA